UGAAUUGGCCACUGGUGCUGACUUGUUUUUUGCUACCACAGUCGUGCAUUCUCGGUGCUUCGCGUGGCUGCACGUUCCCGGAGGAAUGGUACGGUCGGUGGUUCCAGUCGGGGAUUACGGACUUGGUGACCGUCAACGGUUCCGAAAUCACCAGCAAGGGCUUCUGCAUCGAGAAAAACGGCGACAAGUUUCUCGUUCACGACACGAAGUACAGAUGUUACCGGUGUAUUGUGAUGCACGCGCAACAUGCCAACGUUCUACAAUACAAAGAAACUUAUUGCACGAGCGAUUCACCGGAACCGAGUCUGCUGACCCAAUGCGGCACGUUGACCAGCGAUGCCACUCUGGUCUCUCUGUUUCGCUCCAAUGCGGCGCCGUUGCCCUGUCCCAUUAAGGGUCCCCUGGAGUUCACGUACAGCCAGGGCGAGGGCGAGUGUAAUUCGCCGCGGUCACGGGCGGAAGCGUGCACGCAGGAUUCACGUCUGCUCCUGCGCUACCAAGCGUGUGCCAACGUUCACUCGUCCGAAAGUGUGGAUGUAGAAUUGGAGUGUCUGGCUCAUUGGAGGGAGGGCAGCACAAAUUACAUGGUCGCGCGCUUGCACAGUGAUCGUAACGAUCGUAAAACAAGCGACGAAGAGAGCUACAGAUGUUUUAUUUACACAAAUCCAUCGAACAAUACGUGGAACCUCGCGCAGAGCUCGGAUGCUGCCUGCAACGGAUUGAUCAGCGUCACCGAGGCCGCCAGAACGUUCAAGAUGACACAAAAAAAGCCACCGCAGCGUUGCGCGUAUCCGUCCUGGGUGGUGGCCGGUAAAUCGUGGGUGGCUUUGGAUCGAAUGGCUUCCCGACUCCUGGCGUCGCCUUACAAUCUCACGAUCCUCGACCGAAACGAGACUCGCCUUAUUUGCCAUUCGGUUGUUACCAUUGACGAUCAUCGCUAUCACCAUUCGACGCCAAUCGAUAGAGAGAAUCAGAAGCAAUUCGUCGCAAAGGCAACACGGGAUUGCAAGAACGGAUACGUAUGCGUAAUGUUCCAUAGAAGGGACGAACACGUAAUAGAGAUGCAACUGUCGGAAUGGGGCCAGCAGCCCGAUGACAUAUGCAACUCGAGCACGUUCAACUCGCACACGAUGCCGUACACGACGUUCAUCACAUCCGAUCCGAUGACCAGGCAAUGCCCCAAUCUCGGUCGCUACGAGAUCGUGUCGUUGUUUCGGCCACCGAACGCCGACAACGUUGAAAGCGUAUUGGCCGUCGACGGCGAGCAGAACGUUGCUAACGCAGCGGAGGUGCACGACGGGAGAGUACCCUCGACAGCAUUCCCAAGCCAGUGCCACCACGGUAGUGUACGUAGAUUGGACAUCGGUUGCAGGACACCCGAUCGUAUGGAGUUUGCCACGUCUUGCAGCGACGAGGCGUUAUCCGCCGAUGCCGUCUCGUUUCCAGAGUACUUAUGCCAUGGAACUUGGGUGGAGAACGACACCGCUUACUUGGUGGCUAGCACCGACGUUGGGCGUUACUGCCUCGUUUACAGCGCGUCCGCCGCGACGACAGGAAGUCGUGAACUCUCGGUGACGGGCCAUCUCGCUUCCUGUCCGAGAGCCUCUCAUCGCUAUCCAGUUUCGUGGCAGGUGAACCUCACGUCGUACGCUCAAUGUGGCGACGUUUCGUCGGGGACCACGUGGGCACUUCGGGUGCCAAUGUCUCUUCUCUACAUCGUUUUCCUCGGAGCCCUUCUCGCCAGAUACAUUGCGAGGUGAUGCCACUGAGCCGAGACGCGCCACACACCUGUGGCUAUAUAGUUGAAAGAACAAAGACUUUUAUUGCGAAAUAUUUGCAUUUGUGGUGAUUAUAUGUGACAUUCUGGUACGGUGAGGUAAACUAAAUAAUCAAUCUUACUUAGGAGAUAAGUGAAUGCGUGCGUUAUGACGCAGGGAUAGAUGAAGUGAUUAAAAAAAAAUUAAAGAGACAAGUCGAAAACGGGUAAGGUAUAUAUACAUAUAGAAAUGCAUGUGCCAGCCCCGCGAAUGUGGCAGAGCCAAGUGUGGAAGUGAGGCUUUAUGAAUGUAUAUAAAAUUCGAUGCGUCCACGAAACGUAAGCUUCCUACAAACGUUCCGCUACGCGCGAGACAUUAAUUGAUAAAUAACAUUA